AGUUUCCGUCGGCGGCUUUUGCGAAAAACUCCUUUAACGAAGCCAUCGAAAAAUAAAAUAGUUAUCGGUGCAUUUAUUUAUAUAUUUUCCACGGCGUCGGUUUAAUUACGCUUGUUUGCUGAGUUUCGGAAGGUCGAAAGGUUUCCAAUCAUGGCGAAGUAUCUGCUGAAGACCUGCUGUGGCUGCGGGUCUCUAAGAACAGGGACCAUAAUAUCCGGAAUAGCAGCUAUACUGCUCUCCAUCAUAGGCAUCAUAGUAGUGUUUACGAUAAGGGUGGAUUUGAAAACGAUCGUGUUCGAUUUCCUACCGAAAUGGGCAGUUACCGUAAUAAUCGUCCUCAACAUGGUGAUGACCAUCAUAUUAUCCAUACUUCUAUUAGCAGGAGUGGCAAAGCGAAAUUGGUACCUGAUGAUACCGUGGAUCGUGCUGGGCGGCAUGCUGGCCGUCGGCCUGCUGGUCUCCAUCCUCAUCAACAGCAUCAAGUUCUACAUCGACGGCGACAACUUGAACGGGACCCUGUGGCUGGUGCUGGGGCUGCUGUCGUUGGGUAAGUGCCGCUUAGAGGCGAUUUUCUCGGCGAAUUUUCACUCGCGUUUUCCAGUGGUCUAUUGCUACAUGUGGUACGUGUCGUUCAGUUUCUUCUCGAACCUGCGCGAGGAGUCCGGAAAGGGGAAGUACAUGAGGGAUCCGUUCCGGAGGGAGCGGAUCUGAGUCGAAGCGACUGAAUCGAUCU